AUGGUCCUCGACAAUGCCUCGCCGCAGGCUGGGGGCUACCCCGACAACAAUGCCCGACCCACCCCCCAAGCUGAACAAUCACUUGGCCCCAAUCCCGCAAUGGCUGGCAACUUCCACUUGAAGGUCAGGCCGGAGCUAGUGGUGAAGCCCGACCUUUUCACGAUGAUGUUCGGAUUCUUUGGACAGAGGAAUUGGCAGCGGAACGUGGCAUACACCAUGAUGGAGCGGGUGGAGAACUCGUGGCUUUUGACAGGGCGCCCUCUUACCCAGGACGAGUUGGACGCGUUCACUACCUACUCGACACGGACCCUGUACUACCGGCGCAUGGGUGUACCUAUGUCGUCCUUCCUUGGAACGGCAUAUCUUUACUACAAAGUACGCAAGAACGCGGGACUACCGUCAAGCGCGAGUCCAGCCUCCGUUUAUGCUUAUCUACGCAACUUCGCCCAUGUCGACAAAGCUGGAUUCCGGUCCAUGAUUGCGGUAUCCGCUUUCAAGAUGCUAUUCAUCACGACAACCGGUGCAAUCGUGUCUGGCUUUGCUGCCCUCUAUUCAGAGACCACGAACGUGAUUGUGGAUCCCCGAUUGAGGGGCUUCGUGGAGGACAUGAGAGGGCAAAAGCCGGAGGAGGUACGACAGCGCAAGCUCAAAGCGGCCAGCGAACGGAUUCGUCGUAUGCGUGGUGGUGAGAAGGAUAUCGAGGGUUAUAUCGUUGAGGAAUUGCAGCAUCCUGGUUCUCACUCGGAGCAAAGUGAUCAAGACUCCUACGCGUAUGAUAACUCGGCAACGACGCCCUCGGGUAGCGACUCGGCAUACAGCACGUCUCAAAAUGACCAACAGACUGGCUCAGCUGCACAGCAGCGCCCUGUGGCGGAAGCCCCACGCAGGUCGUGGGGUUACGGUGGCCAGCCCGCACCCCAGCAGGGAUCAUCCCGCGACUCUGCGGACUCCGACUUCUUCUUCGGCGGCAAGGAUGACGAUGCAAGCCCUACAGCCCCGGAAUACAGGUACACGAACCCUGAUGGCUCACCCUCUGGGAGUGCCUGGGACCGCCUGCGUCGACACAAUGCAGGACAAAGCUCUCGGGCUCCGCCGCCCCAGCAGCCCAGGCCACAGUGGGGUCAGCAACAGGAUUCUCCUAACUCACCAACUUAUGUGCCUGCCGGUGAUCGAGAUCAGUAUGACUCGAGUAGAAACCGCGACAAGGAGCAGGCACAGGCCGAUUUUGACCACAUGAUGGAAGCUGAGAGAAACGCAUCCAAUCGUGGAACGCCUCAGAGCCGGGGCUGGUGA